UUAGUGACAAAAUGUCAGCGCAGUGGCUAACAUGCCUCGUCUUUCUGCUGCUGUAUGUUGCCGUUGAAAGCGAUGUGGACUGCAAGGCAAGCCGCCAUCAAGCAACGAGUCUAGCGGCCAGCUGCUGUCAACUGCUGCGUCCCAGCCUAGACAAAGGCGUGGCCGAGUGCCGAGCCACAUUGAGUCUGCCGCAGCGUAAAUUCAAACUAAUGGAGCAGUAUACUAUCAAUGCGUGCAUUGAGGAGUGUCGCUUCAUGGACCGUGGCUUUAUACCCAUCGAUCCGCCAUUUGAGCUGGACAUGAGCAAUAUUAGAACCAGUCUUGAGGCCACAAUGCCAGCGCCACAAGAAGAAGCAGUAUCCUUUAUGCUCAGCGCCUUUACCAAGUGUGCAAAGUUUUAUGAAAAGCAUAAAACGCGCUUUAGCAGCCAAUUGCCUGCUGUGGACUUUAUCGAGGAGGAGUGCAAUGUUUUUCCACUUCAUCUGACCAUCUGCAUGCGUGUGCAUGGCAUGCAAAAAUGCCCCAAAACCUUCUAUGCGGAUACGAGCGAGUGCGACAUGGCGAGAAAGUAUUUCACGCAAUGCGUGGGCGACAUUGAAGCUGGCGCGCAGUAG